AUGUCCAUCUUUCAGACCAACGCGAAGAAAGGGCUUCACCACAAGAAUUAUGAAAGUAUUGCCACCUCCGCAAAAAAUGGGUGCAGAAUCUGUCACUACUUGCGCAGCAAGCUCCCGUCUGAGGAUUUAAAGGCUAUAGAAUAUGAGGCCAAGUGGGGAAACGCAUGGGAAUUUCAUUGGGAAAUUGAAUUCUACGAGGUUGGCACCGGACCAUCAGUCGACGAUCACAAAGCCCGAGUCUUCUCAGACUGGGGCGUGUUCGUUGAUGUGUCUUCCUCAUCAAAACCUCCAACUGGUUAUGACCAGUUCCUCGACGUUGUUGCUGCUGAUCGAAGCUCUGAACCGACGCGAGUCCGAACGGAAUUUCCUCCGCUGCGAGAUAUCCCCGAUAAUACCGGCCAUCAGGAUGUCGCACGGCUAGCUAAGAGAUGGCUUCAGACCUGUAGAGACCGUCACGAGUGCGGAUCUGCUACGGAAGACAGCUGGUAUCCCAAACGACUUAUUCAUGUUGGCGAUGAACAAGAGUCCCCAAGACUGAUCAUUUCGGAGAAUGAGAGACCAGAAGGCUGUUAUGCGGCUUUGAGUCAUUGCUGGGGAGAAGACCCAAAGUUCUUGAUGUUAAUAUCGGACAACUUGUUCGAUUUUUGCAGUGAAAUCCAAUUAAAGAACCUCCCAGCCAGCUUCAGAGAUGCAAUUAAGACCUGUCGUCGAAUUGGCAUUCCCUACAUCUGGAUCGACUCGCUUUGUAUCCUGCAGUCUGGCCUCGGUUCUCACGAAGAUUGGCUCUCACAUUCAGAGGACAUGCAUCUAGUUUACCACAACUGCGCCUUGAACAUUUCCAUUGAUGUUUCUGGGAACCCCCAUGGAGGUGCUUUCAGGGCGAGGGAUCCGACGUAUCUGCAAGACUGCUAUGUAUGGAGUCCGUUUUACACACCGCCCAAAGGUUCAAGCGAAAGUGAACACAACAUAGGUGAUGGCUCAGAAAGCUCAGAUAUUUGGAAUAUCUGCUCCAUAUUCACCGCUGACGACUUCUCUUGGGCAAGAGUAGAUCUCCCUCUUAGUAGCAGGGCAUGGGUAUUCCAAGAGAGGCUGCUUUCGCCGAGAACCUUACAUUUUGGUUCUGACCGCAUUUCCUGGGAGUGUGAUAGAUGCCGCAACCUCACUGAAUAUCUUCCAGAAGGCGUGAACGACGAUAGAUGGUACGGCUUCGAUUGCUUGGCCCAAAACGCAUUCAGUGUUCGUAAAAAGGGAGAUAUUUUCACAUACUACUACGAUCUGGUGUUCCCAUACAUGAACCGCCAACUUAGUCAUCCGGAUGACGACAAACUUGUUGCCUUCGCCGCCGUCGCCCGACGUUGUAUCUCAUGGUUCGGCAGCGAAUAUUACGCUGGAAUCUUUCGUAGCACCAUGCCACAAGGUCUCCUUUGGGAGAUGUCUCCCAUUGGGAGACUAGGACGGUCGGAGGUUUAUCGUGCACCGUCUUGGAGUUGGGCCAGCUUGGAUUGCCGUGUCAGAUAUGAUAUUCUGGACGGCGAAGGAACUGUUCUGGCAGAUGUAGUCGAUGUUACAGUGGAAUUGGUUGACCCGAACAACCAAUUCGGUCAAGUAAAGUCUGCUUCUUUAACACUGACUGGACCUCUGGUAGCGUCUGAUGAACUCAUCCUCAAGGACGCCAACGAUGAAGAAUUCGUGGCUGAGGGUAGACGUGGUCGUAAAGGCUAUCAAGACAUAAAAACGGUGCUAGGACACACUUUUGGCAUCAGUUCUGAUACUGUGGAAUUUUGGGAGGACGGUGAAAGGAAGGCUUGGCUGAUAUCCCAAAAGAACAUGUAUCUCCUUGCAAUUUUGGAGACAUCGAACGAACCUCAAACGUAUGGUCUUCUCGUGCAGAAGAACGAUGAUGGUACUUUCACAAGAGCUGGAUACUGGGAAGCUGGGCCGGGGUUUGUAGCAAAGCAUGCAGACCUGACAUGUCGAUUUAUAUCAGAAACAAUCACAAUAGUUUGA